AUGGAUAAAGCUGAUUCGAGCAUAGAACCAACUCCCACCACCAGGCUUCAGGGUAAGACUAAAGCCAUUGUAGUGUGUUGGUUUCUUGGACUUGGAGCACUUGUGGCAUGGAAUAGUAUGCUGACUAUUGGAGAUUACUACUAUCAGUUGUUCCCGCGAUACCAUCCUUCCCGGGUACUUACGCUUGUUUACCAGCCAUUUGCGCUUGGAACAAUGGCAAUUCUUGCUUACUAUGAGGCCAAAAUCGACACAAGGAAGAGGAACUUGUUUGGAUACAACCUUUUCUGCAUAGGCACAUUCGGACUUUUAGUGAUAGAUUUAGCCACAUCGGGAAAAGGAGGGAUCGGAAAUUACAUCGGCAUUUGUGCUUUCGUCGCCGCUUUUGGAGUGGCUGAUGCGUUGAUUCAGGGUGGGCUAAUUGGUGAUCUUGCUUUUAUGUGCCCUGAAUUCUUGCAGUCGUUUUUUGCCGGUUUGGCUGCAUCGGGAGCUUUAACUUCUGGCUUGAGGCUAAUCACUAAGGCAGCUUUUGAUAAAACCGAAGAUGGUCUUCGUAAGGGAGUUAUUCUGUUUCUUGCCAUCUCGACAUUUUUUGAAUUUAUAUGUAUUUUCCUCUACGCAUUUGUGUUCGGGAAUCUACCCAUCGUGAAGCAGUUCCGGAAAAAAGCAGCCUUGGAAGGGUCCAAAACAGUCUCGGCUGAUCUUGCUGCCGCCGGUAUCCAUACCUCAGAUGAAAAAACUGUAGAUGAUCCGAAACAGGCUCGAUUAGGCAACAAGGAGCUGCUACUUCAGAACUAUGAUUACGCAUUGGACCUUUACUUGAUAUUUGUACUCACACUCUCGAUUUUCCCUGGGUUCUUAUACGAAAACACGGGCAACCACAAAUUGGGAUCUUGGUAUGCGGUGGUUCUCAUAGCAAUGUUCAAUCUGUGGGACCUCAUAGCACGAUACAUUCCCCUUAUCAAUUGCCUAAAGCUCGAAUCCAGAAAGGGCCUCAUGAUCGCGUGCUUGUCUCGAUUCUUGCUCGUCCCAUGUUUUUACUUCACGGCAAAAUAUGGAGACCAAGGAUGGAUGAUAUUUUUGGCGUCUUUUCUGGGACUCACAAACGGGUAUUUAGCUGUCUGUGUGCUGACCGUGGCUCCCAAAGGGUACAAGGCACCCGAGCAAAAUGCGUUGGGCAAUUUGUUAGUAGUUUUUCUACUCGCCGGGAUAUUUUCAGGCGUGGCGCUCGACUGGCUUUGGAUCAUUGGCAAUGGUUCAUUCUAG